AUGCAAAUUUUCAUAAAGACGCUGACUGGACGGAAAAGUAACUUCAACUUCGAGCCGGACAAUACAGUGAGGCAUGUGAAGGAAGCCUUACAAGAGAGAGAAGGAAUCCAGGUGGAACAGAUAAGGUUAAUAUACUCUGGAAAACAGAUGAGUGAUGAUUGCAAGUUAUGCGAUUAUAAUGUAAAGCCCGGCUCGACCAUCCACAUGGUACUUCAACUUCGCGGAGGCCUAUGA